UUCCCAAAUAGAGGCGUUGUGAGUCGUGACAUAGUGAGAUUGAUUUCUGUGUGAACUGUGAAGUAGAGGUAGCCGAGAAUGCCGAGCAAUCAAGAGAAGGAGGACCUGGUUUCGGGAUCAUUCACAUGGAAAAUCAACGACUUCUCCAAGCUCAAGGUCGACAAGCUUUACUCUCAGGAUUUCACCAUUGCUGGUCUUAAAUGGCGGAUCAUUACAAAUCCAAAGGGGAGUGACGUAAAUCGGGUCAAGUACUUUUCAAUCUUUCUGGGUGUUGAUGUCUCUUCAAAAUGGCCAUCUGGGUGGUCUAAGUAUGCCUGCUUCAGUUUGACUGUGGUUAAUCAAUUUAACUCCAACAAGUCCUUAUCGGCGCCUCCUAGCGGAACUAUCCGACAAGAGUUCAGUGAAGCCCAGAAUGAGUGGGGUGUUAAAGCAUUCAUUCGUCUUAGUGAGCUUUAUGAUCACCGUGCGGGUUAUCUUGUGGAUGAUACAUGCAUUGUUCAAGCCAAGGUUGAUGUGCCAUUUAUUGUUGAUGCACCGAGUAUGGCAUUUAUUGUUGAUGCACCGAGUAUGGUUGAUGUGCCGAUUAAAGUUGAGAAUCAAGGAAAUGAUAUCUAUGCUAUUAGGGAGUGCUUGAAUUUUACAUUGCAGGAACCUUCAAAUGUGAAUUCUGUCCAAUUGGAUCCAGCCUCAGCGCCGGAGGCACCGCGUUCUGAAAAGUUGCCUAUCUUCCGGGGUACAGCAACACUCGGUUCUAAACAAGCUGGCAUCAAACUUAAUCAUGGUAUGUCUGUUGUACCUUUUCUAGUCAAGGAACUUGGAGAAGUCCCCACCAUCCCUACAGGAGAGCUUAUAAAUUUUAGAGGUCUUGGAAAAAUAGAGAAAGCUUUUGUUCCCCUGUUAGAGGAAGUCUGUACGUGGUAUCCUUCAUUGAUUGAGAGCCAAGACAAGAAAAGUCAAAUGUUUACUGAAUGUGCAUUCACAGCCUUGGGUCGAGUCCUGCAUUUUCUGCAUACAAUGAAGGUAAAGGAUAUGACUGAAGAUGCCUGUGCUCAGCUUCGACUUUUCUGGGAGGAGCUUGAAACCUUCAAAUUUGGCCUGGCUUGGCUGGAGCCUCAGGUGCAGUCUGCUUUUGAAAAGAAGAAGUUUGUGGAGAGGGCAGGUAGAGUGAAAAGACUGAAAGAGGAUGUGGAAUGCUUGGAGAAUGAAACAAAGAGGCGGAAGGCUAUGGUGACUGUUAUUGAGUUAGAUCUUCAGCUUGCAAAGAGAGACUUGGCAAAGGCAGAAGAAGGUUUCAACGAGCUUGAACUGGAUAGUAAGCUUGGUUAUGGGAGGUGUUAGUCCUACUGUAGAAUUUUGUUUUUGAAUGCGUAUCAGCUGCAGGAUAUUUAUGUGCAGUGUAGAAAUUAAAAGUUUGCACAACUAGGAAUCUACACAGGACGGGUAUCGGAAAGCUUCUCGUGGUAUGGGCUGAUAUUGCUACGAGGACUCAAAGCUUCAUAGAUUUGUUUCAAUUUAUGCUCUCCUAUCUUUGUGGUCCUGCGUUGGCUGCUAUUUUGUGUUUUCUUUUGUU